GCGCAGGGUCCCCCCGGUCUUCGCAGCUUCGCCGACUACUUCGGGCGGCUGAGCCCGAGCCCGGGGGAGCUGCCCGCCGCUCCGCCGAGCCCCCCCCCGGCCCCCGGCCGCGGAGAUCUCCCCCCCCCCCCGGCUCACUCCCCGUCAAGACCACCAAGAAGUUUCACAAGGCGCGGCUGGAGCUGCUGCUCGACACCUGGAUCUCUCGCAACCGCGACAUGACCUUCAUCUUCACGGACGGGGAGGAUGAGGAGCUGAAGAAGCAAGCACGAAACGUCAUCAACACCAACUGCUCAGCCGCCCACAGCCGCCAGGCCCUGUCCUGCAAGAUGGCCGUGGAGUACGACAAGUUCAUUGAGUCCGGCAGAAAGUGGUUCUGCCAUGUGGACGAUGACAACUACGUGAACGUGCGGACGCUGGUGAAGCUGCUCUCCAGCUACCCCCACACGCAGGACAUCUACAUCGGGAAGCCCAGCCUGGACCGGCCCAUCCAGGCUACGGAGAGGAUCAGCGAGAACAAGAUGCACCCUGUGCAUUUCUGGUUUGCCACGGGCGGAGCGGGGUUUUGUAUCAGCCGGGGGCUGGCGCUGAAGAUGAGCCCGUGGGCCAGCGGGGGCCACUUCAUGAGCACAGCGGAGAAGAUCCGCCUGCCCGACGACUGCACCAUCGGCUACAUCAUCGAGUCUGUGCUGGGGGUGAAGCUCAUCCGGAGCAACCUCUUCCACUCGCACCUGGAGAACCUCCACCAGGUGCCCAAGACGGAGAUCCACAAACAGGUGACACUAAGCUACGGCAUGUUUGAAAACAAGCGCAACUCCAUCCACAUGAAAGGAGCCUUCUCUGUCGAGGAGGACCCAUCCAGGUUUCGCUCCGUGCACUGCCUGCUGUACCCUGACACGCCGUGGUGCCCCGCCAAUGUGGUUUACUAGGAGACGCGUGUCCCCUCCAACCUCGUCCCGAAUUUCCCCGGUAUCCGACGGGUGUGCGGGACCUGCGUGCGGGUGUGUCGGUCCAGCCUCGCCGUGAGGCGGACGGACGGACAGACGUCGUUGCUGUGGUAUUGCACAGUGUGUGUGUACUGAAGGCUGCUGUGCGGCCCCUUGUCCCCUGCCCUGCCUGCCCUGCCUGCCCGGCUGCCCAUGCCCGCUGCCUGCUCCGGCCGGGACAGUGGAGAGGGAUGGGUCCUGAGCACUUAACCGUUGGGCACCCCCGCAGCGCUGGCGGGCCCCACGCCAUGCGUGGGGAGUGACCGCAGGCGCUGUGCGGCUCUGCCUCCCCCGGGCUUGCUUCUCCUUUUUUUUU